UGCACCUGAGGGUGGGCACUUCCCCAAACGCUAAGCAGCUGGAGGUGGGGUAACGGGAAGUGAGGGCCUCAGGCUCUACCCAAAGAGCCUGGAGGAGGAGCCUCCUCCACAGUAGAGAGAAAGCAGGGCAGGGCCUCCCGAAAGGCGGCUUUGGGGACCCGGGAGGGCCAGGAGACACGGAGCAGCUGGAAGAAGUGAGAGGAGACCUUGGCCCCGGCCUGGCUGGGCAAGCCCCCGUCCUUGCGGCCCUGGAUCACUGACCGCCAUGGCCCUGGCCCAGCAGCUGCGGGCUGAGAGUGACUUUGAGCAGCUUCCGGAUGAUGUCGCCAUCUCAGCCAACAUCGCCGACAUCGAGGAGAAGAGAGGCUUCACCAGCCACUUUGUUUUCGUCAUCGAGGUGAAGACAAAAGGGGGCUCGAAGUACCUCAUCUACCGCCGCUACCGCCAGUUCUACGCCCUGCAGACCAAGCUGGAGGAGCGGUUCGGUCCGGAGAGCAAGAACAGCCCGUUCACCUGCAGCCUGCCCACGCUGCCAGCCAAAGUCUACGUGGGUGUGAAGCAGGAGAUCGCCGAGACGCGGAUACCCGCCCUCAAUGCCUACAUGAAGAGCCUCCUCAGCCUGCCGGUCUGGGUGCUGAUGGACGAGGACGUGCGGAUCUUCUUCUACCAGUCGCCGUAUGACGCUGAGCAGGUGCCACAGGCGCUCCGCAGGCUCCGUCCACGCACCCGGAAAGUCAAGAGCGUGUCCCCACAAGGCGCCGGCUUUGACCGCAUGGCGGCUCCGAGAGCAGAGGCCCUGUUCGACUUCACCGGGAACAGCAAGCUGGAGCUGAGCUUCAAAGCCGGAGAUGUGAUCUUCCUUCUCAGUCGGAUCAACAAAGACUGGCUGGAGGGCACUGCCCAGGGAGCCACGGGCAUCUUCCCCGUCUCCUUCGUGAAGAUCCUCAAGGACUUCUCGGAAGAGGACGACUUCACCAACUGGCUGCGCUGCUACUACUAUGAGGACACCGUCAGCACCAUCAAGGACAUCGCUGUGGAGGAAGACCUCAGCAGCACGCCCCUGUUCAAAGACCUGCUGGAGCUCAUGCG